ACGGACAGGGCGGUGCCGAGGCGUGCGUGCUUCGCGACAGAGCCGUAAAGGCGCGUGGGAGCGAAACAUGGCUCUGUACGCGACGGCUGCGUCUGUGCUGGCGGGCGUGGAGAGCCGACAGGGUUCCAUCAAAGGACUGGUGUACGCCAGCAGUUUCCAGAACGUGAAGCAGCUGUACGCGCUGGUGUGCGAGACGCAGCGCUACUCCGCCGUGCUGGACGCCGUGAUCGCCAGCGCCGGCCUCCUCCGCGCCGAGAAGAAGCUGCGGCCGCACCUGGCCAAGGUGCUAGUGUAUGAGUUGUUGCUGGGGAAAGGCUUUAGAGGGGGCGGGGGCCGAUGGAAACCUUUGCUGGACCGGCACCGGGCAAGGCUGAAGGCCGAGUUGGCCCGGCUCAAGGUUCAGCGAUGUGUGAGCCGUAACGAGGACCUGUUGGAGGUGGGAUCCAGGCCUGGCACAGCCUCCCAGGUGCCUCGAUUUGUGCGGGUGAACACUCUCAAGACCAACUCUGAUGAUGCAGUUGAUUAUUUCAAGAGACAAGGCUUCUCCUACCAGGGUCGGGCUUCUAGCCUCGAGGACCUGCGGGGCCUCAAAGGGAAGUGCUUUCUUCUGGAUCCCUUGUUGCCGGAGCUGCUGGUGUUUCCGGCCCAGACAGAUCUGCAUGACCACCCACUGUACCGGGCCGGUCACCUCAUCCUACAGGACAAGGCCAGCUGUCUCCCCGCCACGCUGCUGGCCCCGCCCCCGGGCUCCCACAUCAUCGACGCCUGUGCUGCCCCAGGCAACAAGACCAGUCACUUGGCCGCUCUUCUCAAGAACCAGGGGAAGAUCUUUGCUUUCGACCUGGAUGCUGGGCGGCUGGCGUCCAUGGCUACCCUGCUGGCCCGGGCUGGAGUCUCGUGCUGUGAGCUGGCGGAGCAGGACUUCCUGGCAGUCUCACCCUCUGACCAGCGCUACCGUCAGGUCCAGUACAUCUUACUGGAUCCUUCUUGUAGCGGCUCAGGAAUGCCAGCCAGACAGCUGGAGGAGCCUGGGGCAGGCACCCCGAGCCAGGCACGCCUGCAGGCCCUGGCUGGGUUCCAGCAGCGAGCACUGCGCCACGCGCUCACCUUCCCCUCCCUGCAGCGCCUGGUCUACUCCACGUGCUCCCUCUGCCAGGAGGAGAAUGAAGAUGUGGUGCAGGAUGCCCUGCAGCAGAACCCGGGGACCUUCAGGCUAGCUCCCGUCCUACCCUCCUGGCCCCACCGAGGCCUUGGCACUUUUCCAGGGGCAGAGCACUGCCUCCGGGCUUCCCCUGAAACCACGCUCACGGGUGGCUUCUUUGUUGCUGUUCUGGAACGGGUAGAGGUGCCAAGCUCAGUCCCCCAGGCUGGAGCAGCGGCCCCAGAACUCACACCCAGCACAGCCCCGCGGAGAAAGAAGAGACGGCGCCGAGCCGCAGCUCCCGGCGCGCUGCCCCAUACGCAGCAGGAAGGAAAGCAGUAACCCUGAUUCUCCAGCUACGGGCAGAGAGUGAUUUCCUCAUCCUCUGGGUCCCUUCCCCAGGCCGUGUUCCUGCUGGUGAGAGAAUUCUGCCCACGGAAAUAAAAGGCAGGACAUGGUCUACGAUA